AUGAAUAUUGACUGGCCACAAUCCUUUGGCGAGUGCUCCCCAUACCUGUCGGCCAGCGCUGAGACUCCCACGACCAGCCAGGUCUAUACGAUAGCCCCAAUUCAGCACACUAAGGUUAUACAACUACCUGCCAGUCACACCGAUAACAAUCCUCAUGAGACCAACUUUGGUUCCGCUGAUGUCAUCUGCUUGUCAAACAGUGCCUCCAGCGAGAUCAUCGGCGAGACCUCCGAGUAUUGA